AUGGCCUCGAAACGCAAAGCCUCCGCCAUGAACGCCACGGUGACGGAGGAGCCCGUCGAUCCAUCCGACGAGCUCAUGUUUCUCUGUCUCGGCGGCGGCAACGAGGUCGGACGAUCGUGCCAUAUUAUCCAGUACAAGGGCAAGACGGUCAUGCUCGACGCGGGCCAGCAUCCCGCCUACGAUGGCCUCGCCGCUCUUCCCUUCUACGAUGACUUCGAUCUGAGCACCGUGGAUGUGCUUCUCAUCAGCCACUUCCACGUUGACCACGCCGCCUCGCUGCCCUACGUUCUCGCAAAGACGAACUUCCGAGGGCGUGUCUUCAUGACGCACCCGACCAAGGCCAUCUACAAGUGGCUCAUCCAAGACAGCGUCCGGGUCGGCAACACAUCGUCAAACCCGGCGACGCAGCCCGUCUACACCGAGCAAGACCAUCUCAACACCUUUCCUCAGAUCGAAGCCAUCGACUACCACACGACCCACACCAUCUCCUCCAUCCGCAUCACGCCCUACCCUGCCGGUCACGUCCUCGGCGCAGCCAUGUUCCUGAUCGAGAUUGCGGGCCUCAACAUCUUCUUCACCGGCGACUACUCGCGCGAGCAGGACAGGCAUCUCGUGUCCGCCGAGGUGCCCAAGGGCGUCAAGAUCGACGUUCUCAUCACCGAGUCCACCUAUGGCAUCGCCUCACACGUGCCGCGUCUCGAACGGGAGCAGGCCCUCAUGAAGACCAUCACGAGCAUCCUCAACCGGGGCGGCCGCGCCCUCCUUCCGGUCUUUGCCCUCGGCCGCGCGCAGGAACUCCUGCUCAUCCUGGACGAGUACUGGAGCAAGCACGGCGAAUACCAAAAGUACCCCAUCUACUACGCCAGCAACCUCGCGCGCAAGUGCAUGGUUGUGUACCAAACCUAUGUCGGCGCCAUGAACGAUAACAUCAAGCGACUCUUCCGCGAGCGCAUGGCCGAGGCCGAGGCGACCGGUGACGGUGCCGGCAAGGGAGGCCCCUGGGAUUUCAAGUACAUACGCUCGCUCAAGAACCUCGACCGCUUCGACGACGUCGGCGGCUGCGUCAUGCUCGCGAGCCCGGGCAUGCUGCAGAGCGGUGUCAGCCGGGAGCUGUUUGAGCGAUGGGCACCGAGCGACAAGAACGGCGUCAUCAUCACCGGCUACAGCGUCGAGGGGACCAUGGCCAGGCAGAUCAUGCAAGAGCCCGACCAGAUCCAGGCAGUCAUGUCUCGCAGCAUCGCGAGCGCCCGCAGGGGCCCCGGUGGCGGCGAGGCCGAGAAGAUCAUGAUCCCGCGCCGCUGCAGCGUUGCAGAGUACUCGUUUGCCGCCCAUGUCGACGGCGUCGAGAACCGCGAGUUUAUCGAAGAAGUGGCCGCACCGGUAGUGGCCAAAUCGAGGAGAGACGAAGCUAACGCACGCGCCGGUGCGCAGAUUCUCGUUCACGGCGAGCAGCACAACAUGAUGCGCCUCAAGUCCAAGCUCCUCUCCCUCAACGCGAGCAAGACGACCAAGGUCAAGGUCUACUCCCCGCGCAACUGCGAAGAGCUGCGAAUCCCCUUCAAAACCGACAAGACAGCCAAAGUCGUCGGAAAACUGGCCGCCGUCCCGCCGCCCUCGCAUGACGCCGACCUCGAUUCUGCAUCGGCGCCCCUCGUCACAGGUGUCCUCGUUGAAAGCGACUUCAAGCUCUCCCUCAUGGCUCCAGAGGACCUCCGCGAGUACGCCGGCUUGACGACGACGACAAUCUCCUGCAAGCAGCGCCUGCGCCUGACCGCCGCCGGCAUAGACCUGGUCAAGUGGGCGCUCGAAGGCACCUUUGGCACCAUCGAGGAGCUCCCCGAGAUGCGUCGGGGCGCCGUCAAGACCGCCAAUGGAAAGCCGCACGAGGACGCAGGAGAGAAGCAGACCAAGCCCGAGGAAGCAGAGGAGGAAGCCGUCGAAGAUGUAGGCAACGCCCUCGUCGCCGCCUACCUCGUCAUGGGCUGUGUCACCGUCCGCUAUCGCGCCAACGGCGAGGUCGAGCUCGAGUGGGAGGGCAACAUGCUCAACGAUAGCAUCGCCGACUCCGUCAUGGCCGUUCUCUUCUCCGUCGAGACUUCACCGGCAGCCGUUAAGCGCUCGUCGGCCAACAGCAAGCAUUCGCACGCCCACGAUCAUGCCCGCAACCCCCACGCCCGCAGUUCCCCCGCUGAGCGCCUUGAACGCCUCUUCUGGUUUCUCGAGGCCCAGUUCGGCGCUGACAACGUUUCCCCCGUCGAGAACCCCCGAUUGCCCGACGCCCCUCAAGACGCCGACGCCAAAGACGACCCUGCGGCCAAGAAGGAGGGGCAGGAGGGGCAGGAGGAGCAGGAGGCUGCCGGAGAGGGCGAUGCUAUGGACGAGGACACCAAUGCCGAGGCCGAGCUCGCCGAGAGGCGCAAAAAGGAGAUGGACCGGCUCCACAAGAUUGGCAUUCCCGUACCAGGCGUCCUCAUAAAGGUCGACAAGAUGGAGGCCACCGUCUGGCUUGAGGAUCUCGAAAUCGAGUCCAACAACAAGGUCUUUGCAGACCGGGUUAGGGCAGUCAUGGAGCGUGCCGUCGAGGUUACUGCUCCUCUGUGGGCGUAA